AUGAGCUCCGAUCUGAUGAGUCCGGGGCGUGCGCCUGCACCUGCUGCUGGCGACGAAGGAGCCACAGACCCGAAGACGAACUCGUCUUGCGACAGGAUGAGCAACAAGAUUCUCGGUCUCGUGGAAUUCCUUCACGAGAACCCAUCCUUGAGGAAAGUACUGGGCAGUGUUCGCCGGGGAUGGCUGAAUUCACGGGGAUUUCUUAGCGAUAAAAACACGACCAGCAGUUUCAGUUAUGACACCUAUUACGAGAACCAGAUGAUGAAAACUUCUCCCACAAGCUAUGAUUACUCCGCCGCGGAACUAAAACAGCAGGAACAGAACGCGCUGCAAAUCUUGCACAGCCUCCUGCCCGCCUGCCGGAGGUUGAGCCGAAUGGUGCCGAGUCAGGACGAAGAAAUUACUCCCUCCGCCUGGCACAAAAUAUUGCAGCUGCAUGCGGAUGAGUGGGAAGAAAGUUUGCAGUACGAAAUGGUUUAUUUGCGAAAAGCAGAGUGGAGCGGUAGCGGUUGGGAUAGUACGUCGAAAGUAGAUGAUCCUUCGGUUGUCGAGUCGUCCUCGCUCUCGCCAGCAUCGGAGCAGAGCGAAGCGGGUGGAAAAGCAUGUGGGUCCGGGAGGGAGCAGCUAGAGGAGUCUAGUACUUUGCAGGGUCACGACCUGGAUGAAGCAAAAAGCUCUACACCGAUAAUUCAACCACCACCACCAGCAAAAGCUAAAGCAGUGGACCUCCGGGGUGCCCACUUUACUGACGAUACCGACGAGCUUUUCUUUGUCGAAAAAUAAGGAAUGUAAGCUACACCCUGAAAUUGGAAGACACUCGCUAGUGGAAGAUCUAUCACUCCAGACAUAAGGAAGAAUGAAGCUCGAUAGAAAAAGAUGCAUUCAGGGUGUUAGUGUAAAUUUUGGUAGACCGUGGUACUUUUAGAGUAUCAAAAUCAAUCUUCGCUCUUGAACACCUGCAAUAACUUGCUCUGCGAUCUGCACAGUUAGUCUUGACGCCGCGAGGGAACUACUUAUGAUCAACUUUAUCUCCACUUUCUUUCAACAGGCCUUGACUUCUUCUUGUAGUCUUUUACGAAGUUGUGGUCCUCGUAGUGUGUCCGAUAUUUGUAUAGAGCAUUUCGAUCUUCCCUCGCGAAUCAAUCUUUCGGGCGAUUUUCUGCAAAACUCGUCUGUUAAUACAUUGUAAAGUGCUUCAACACUUUCGGGUUGGCUUACAUUUUCACAUUCCGCAAAAAAAACCCCAGCCGGACCGCGACCGGAAAAUGGGACAAAUUUCUCUUCGAGCCCGAUCUACAACCACUAGCUCCGCGACUGUCACUGAACGAACAUCAAAGCAACCACAGAAACACGACGAGCACGCUCCUCCGGUCGAUGUUGACAGGAGCCACUCUCCUGAAGACGGCGGGGGAAAGGGAAAUGUGAAGAACACAGCGGUGAACAGUGUUAAGGAAAAGCAUGAGCUGCAGCAAGGCACAGGAGAGCAGCUGCACCGGGGAUCAGUACCAUGUGCGGCGCAGAAGAACAAGAAGACGGCCAAGACGCGGCAGGGAAAAAACGGGAAGCACCAGCGAAAUGAAGCUGCAUAUUCAUUGCAAAUAUGUCUGGGUCAGGAAAGAAUGGAAUCUGUGAUGCUACGUUUGGACUCCGAAAAAAUCUGUAUUGCAUGAGAAGCAAGAGGAGCGCAGUUGGUGCUAAGUGGAGAGGGCAUUUGUUCUCAUGCGGAACAGGCAUCAGAAAGGGUUCUAAAAAUCUGUGAUGCUACGGCAUACAUCACAGACAAUCAUGGUUCGUGCCAAAUAUGCAUGACAAACCUCGCAGUCUCCCAGACCCAGAUAUAUUUGCAUUUGAUACUGCACCAACGAAAGCAAGAUCUGCUCCACCCACGGCAGUCGCAGUCGAGGAACUACGUGAAGAAGACGUUAAUGACGUAGAACGAAGCAAGAAGCCCGAGCGUGGAACACAUAAAAUUUCUUCAGCGGAAGAAGCAGGCGGUAGUGAGUUAGUAGAAGAUCAGCGGGACGACGAUAAGGAGCACACAAGAAUUGACUGUAGAAAUUUCCCGUCCAAAACAGUAGCCGAAUUACUGGACUUGCUACAGAAUGAUAAAGUCACUCGCGUCGACAACUCUUGUUAUGAUACUGGACAACUCGUCCCAGUCCUUCUUUUUUGAAAGGCACACAGCUACAACCUGAAAAACAAAAAUGUACUAUCAUGCAGCACUUGUCUACAACUAGCAAAUCAGUGCCUGGACGACAGCACUGGUGCUCUUGCCAGCGAAUCUUCCGCGGUCUGGGUGUAUUGGUAGUGUAAAUCUUCACGCAAGCGCGAAGAUCAAUCAGAUCGUCGUGAAUUAGGCAGCACGACGACCAUAAUUUUGAUUUUUCAUUGCAAAAGAGGGGGAUAAUAAAGACGAGUUCUCCACUAUCAUUUUCCGGGCUACACGAUGGAAGUUGACGGAAAACAGUUUUUGAAGCCUUUCAACAAAGUACGACAGUGCACAACUCCGCCUCUUCCUCAUUUGUCAUGCAAAAUACCCAUUCCACUCUUUGCCUCGUGGCACUGUUUGCAUGACAAGUUAUGGUAGCCUAAAUAGCCCUAUAUAUAUCUGGGGAUAUAUCUGGGGAUAUAUCUGGGGACAUAUCUGGGGACAUAUCUGGGGACAUAUCUGGGGAUAUAUCUGGGGAUAUAUCUGGGGAUAUAUCUGGGGAUAUAUCUGGGGAUAUAUCUGGGGAUAUAUCUGGGGAGAUGUCUGGGGAGAUGUCUGGGGAGAUGUCUGGGGAGAUGUCUGGGGGGAUAUCUGGGUGGAUAUCUGGGGGAGGCUACAGGAGGAGUAGCGGGAGUGGCUCUAGGAAAUUCUUUGCCUUCUAGAGGCCUCGCUUCGAGAGCUUCGCUGGACGGCCUUGCUUAGAAAGCGCUGCGGGUGGUUCUUUGUAGAAGUCAGACAGCCCAAGAAACGGGAAGCAGGCCAAGGCCAGCGGCCGGGCUGGGACGGGGCAGAAGCGCAGGGAACGAAGGCGGGCGCGUCCGCUUCUAAUGCGGGCCGCUACUAGGGAACGGCGUCACUAGCAAGCGCGGGCCCGUUUUGUCAUGCUAAAACCGCCUAGAGGGUUCCUACUAGUGGCCGCGUCUCCGCUAGCAGAUUCCCACAAGCGCGACUCUGUCGCCAAAUUUGUUCCGGUAGCGUUUCAUGAUAGUUUUUCAAUUUUAGACUUACUAGACGACCUAUCGCCGGCGUCCUGGACGCCGGCGUAGUAGUCUAGUAUUUCAUAUGCAAAUUUGUCAUGCUAAACCGGCGCUCUUGCUGAUGCUUGUAUUGCCGUUCAUGCUAUACAAAAUGAGAGGGAGCGGGAGUUGUGCAUUGUUAUACAAAGACGAGUUAGUCGCGUUACAGGAGGCGAAGAGGCGGAGGCGAUUGAAACUAGACCAGAAACAAGCAUCGCAGGUGUUGAAGCCGGAACUAAAAUCUUCAGCACGGAAGGACGUCGACCCGGACGAUUUGUCCAACGAACGGAAGAUGAAAUCAGCAGCCACGGCGCAACAUCAGGGUAAUAGCAAGAGCUCCGAAACAAGAACCACUAAAGCAACAACUGGGCGCUGGUCGACCAGCAAAGAUGAAGAGGAUACAUCCUUUCUCACAGCAAAAUCUUCAAAAGCCACCGACAAUAAAUCCUCGGAAGUGGAGCAGAUUGCGCGAAACAGCAAGAAGAUGGGUGUGGACGGCAAAAUCUCACUACAGCCGAGCGAAACUGAUGCUCCCGGUUUGUCCACCAGCGCGACCAAGUUCUUGCAGCUGAAGCUUCUCAACCCGAAGCAUUUCGAUCCCUCGAAAACCCGCGCGCAGAUCCAGCAGUUGAUUUCUGAGGGGAAGAUUAGAACGCAAAAGAAGGACGAUGGAACGUCAAACACGGGGGACCACUGCGAGGAGCAGGAAACUGUCACUGGCUAUGUUUUGGACUACAUUUCGUCGGCAGGAAUCCAGAAAACCCGGCUGCGGCCCUUCAGCGUGUCGGAACUGGAGAUCUAUUUGGCGUUAGUAGAAAGCAGUAAAAGUCGUGAAACCAAAAAGGCAAACGCGAAGCAAGAGACGAGUCAGGCUUCUGAAGAUAAGAAACUGGUGCCUGCGAGGGGGCGAGGUGCUGCAAUGUUGUCUUCUUCCUCCGCACUAUCCGCUUCCUCUUCGUCCCAAAAGGCUGCACCAGCAGCGGGUACUAGAACAAGUUCAAAAACCGCGAAAAGAACAAGAACGAAAGCAAAAGGCCCGGUAAAACAACCUGAGGUCAGCUUGGCAGACCUCGAGAAGCAAUAUGCGGAGGAGCUGCGAGAGCUUGAGCAGCGGAACGACACGAGGUGCAGGGAAAGGAUAGAAAAUCUGAGGCAGUUUUUGAAGGACAUGCGGGCGGUGAGGAUGUAUGAGUGAGGGGUCGACAGGUACAAACGCUCGGCAGUUUUUUGGAAAGUUGAAGUGGCGAGAGAAGUAGGACUUCUGCGAGGAUAAAAAAAAUACAACAGUACUACGUAGAAAGGUAGUGAUGGAAGGAGCGCAACGCCAUUGCAGUGCUUCUACCACUUACCAUAAAAACCGAAUCAUUUAUAUCCCCUCCGGCAAAAAAAAAUGCAAGAAUUUGUCCUUGUUUUCCACAUCGACACACUGGCG